AUGGACAACAAUUUGAAAGUCGUCCGUAGGACUAACUGGGUCCUUGUGAUGGCGGCUCUUGGAUUUUCCGGCUACGCUACUUACAGAGUCUACCACUCCUCUUCCCUCGCCCGAAAGAGAGCCAAGAUUUCUAGGUUUCUCGCUGCUCUCUCUUCCGCCGCCGAUGCAUUCUCCGAUUCCGCCGACUGUUUCGCCACCGUCUCCCGAGAUCUCAAGGAGUUUCUUCAUUCCGAUUCCGACCAAAUCCCUCGCAGUUUCAGCCGAAUCGCCAAACUCGCCCGAUCUGACGAGAUCUCCGAUUCCAUCACUCGUGUCUCCCAGGCCGUAACUCUCGGGGUUCUGCGAGGCUACGAUCAGUCUCGGCGGCACCGCCCCGGUGGUGACGACGGUUCGAGUAAUUUUGCCGAUGUAAUCAUGGCGAAGAUGUGCAGUGAGUCUGGAUGUGGCUUCGUUUCCACGGUGGUUGGGAGCUUCGCUAGAAAUCUGGUGAUGGCGUACUUCUCAUUGGAGCCGAGUAAAUCGAGGAGUUUGGAGGAUGGUUUCGCGAAAUGGAUGGGCGUGGCGUGCGACGAGAAAUACAGAGAAUUAAUCGGCGAGCUAAUUCAAUUGUUCGUAAGCGCGGCGGUUUCUGUUUAUCUGGAGAAGACGAGGGAAAUCAACACGUUCGAUCAAAUCUUCUCCGGACUCGCAAAUCCCAAGCACGAAAAGGAAAUGAGAGAGUUAUUGGUCUCUCUUUCCAAAGGCGCAGUCGCGACUCUGGUUAGAACAUCCCACCAGGUCUUGUCCGGCCAUGGAAACCGGGCCAUCGAAGCAGGCCCAGGCCCAGAGAAAAAGGCCAUGGAAUUCGAGGACAACGAAUUGGGCCUGAAGCCCAGAACUCAGUUUCCGAAGAGGCCCAGAAACGGAGGGUGUACCAGCAAAGUGACGUCGGCAAACAGGAAGGCGAUCGUGGAUUUGACGGGGAGGAUGACGUUUGCGAUGAUGAGAUCGUUUGUGGAGGUGUUGUUGGAGAAAAUAUAUGAAAGGAUGAAACGAUGUGUCGACAUUGUGAAUGAGGAAGUCAUUGAAAGAGGCCUGGAAAUUGUGAGGUACGCAGCUUCCAAAACCUCUGCAAUUGCGAGCGUUUGCCUUUCAUUGUGCUUUCAUGUUCUUGACAAUACCUCUUCCUUCUUCCUGGUGUUUUAG